UCGCGGCGGCGCGACGCCGGCGCUAGUUGCGUGCGCGCCUGGCCCCGCCCCUCGCCCUCCCCUUCCCCUCCCCCUCCGCGGGCCUCCCCCGCCCGCGCGGUACAGCUGGGCCGGUGACGCGCGUACUGCUGCUGUUGCCUCUGCUACGGCCGACGCGUUCCAUUCUCCUAAGCCGGCGACAUUCUCGUCCCCUGUCUCCCGCCUCCUCCUCCCGCAGCGCCGGCCAGCGCCAGCCAGACAAGGGCACACGGGGUCUCGCUUAGACCCAAGAGGGCUGCGGGGGCGCGCAGGCGGCGGAGUGGAUCCCGGCGCCGCGGAAGCUGCGAGCGUCCGCCUCCCGGAGGUCGCCGCGCCGUUCCGCGGGAUCUGAAGAAUAGGCCUGCUGCUGAGGCACCACAAACCAAGUCAUUGCACCUCGAGACAAAGUCUGCUCUGACUCCCAGGCUGCUUUCUUUUCCUUGUUUAUGGUGGCCUGAAGACCUCCAUGAAGUGCGUCAAAGUGUUUCCUGUUGGCUUGGCAAAAGGAAGAGCCCCCGUUUCCAUCACCCCAUUUGUUUUGCACUUGAUCAGAUCUUGGGCUUCAUGGUGGAAUCGGUCCCUUGGCCCAGGUAAUGCAUACACAAAGUACAACACUCAAGAAGAUGAAAAGGGAAUACAUACAGUGAAAAAUGAGCUUUCUUCCCUGUUAACCACUAGAUUCCCUCGCUGACAGCACUCGGUAGCUACCAGCUUCUUGUGCAUCAAUUCCAGAGAGAGACUUCCAGCGCAUACAGUUGAACUUGCUCUGAGUCCGGUGGCAAAGGCAAAGCCAGACUCUGGUGUAGCAGCUCUGAGUCAACAGCCAUCUCUCUCCUCCUCCUUGCUCGAGCCUCCGUGGCAGGCAGCAGGGCAGAGCCACAGUAGUUUCUGAAAGCUCUGCUGAGCCUGACAGAUCUCCAGGUGAAUCUACCCAGGGCUGACUUCAGUGUUCGUUCUUCUGGCUUUUAAAUUUUUUCUUUUUAAAAUAACUUGGACGGAUGAAAGAUGUGCCAUGGCAGGAUAGCACCAAAGAGCACCUCAUUGUUUGCUGUGGCCUCCGCAGGACAUGGAGUGUUCCUUCUGCUGGCGAUUCUUAGCACCCUCCUUGGAGACGGACUUGCCUCAGUGUGUUCCCUGCCCCCGGAGCCAGAGAAUGGUGGCUACAUCUGCCACCCCCGGCCCUGUAGAGACCCCCUGAACUCGGGCAGCGUCAUCGAGUACCUGUGUGCUGAAGGCUACAUGUUGAAGGGUGAUUACAAAUACCUGACGUGUAAGAAUGGCGAGUGGAAGCCAGCCAUGGAGAUCAGCUGCCAUCUCAACGAGGACAAAGGCGCCCACGCGUCGCUCGGGGUCCCCACGCUGUCCAUCGUGGCUUCCACUGCCAGCUCCGUGGCACUCAUUCUCCUCCUCGUGGUGCUGUUUGUGCUGCUGCAGCCAAAGCUGAAGUCUUUCCAUCACAGCAGGCGUGACCAGGGGGUGUCCGGGGACCAGGUCUCCAUCAUGGUGGAUGGAGUCCAGGUUGCGCUGCCGUCGUAUGAGGAGGCUGUGUACGGCAGUUCCGGUCACUGUGUGCCGCCCGCUGACCCCAGAGUGCAGAUUGUGCUGUCAGAAGGGUCUGGGCCCAGUGGGAGGAGCGGGCCAAGGGAGCAGCAGCUGCAGGACCAGGGGGCCUGCUCCUCCGCAGGCGGAGAGGAGGAGGCCCCGGGCCAGUCUGGACUGUGUGAAGCCCGGGGCUCUCGGGGCUCGGAGACUGUGAUGGUGCAUCAGGCGGCCCCCUCCUCCUGGGUGGCCGGCUCAGGGAACAGCCGAGUGGCACACAAAGAAGCUCCAGAUUCAGAGAACAGUGACAUACAAAGCCUCACGUCGGAGGACUACACAGAUGAUAUCCCACUGUUGAAAGAAGCAUGAGGGCUGCCGCUGGCUUCUCUCCUCUCUGCCCUUCCUCCCUCUCCCUGUGGGUUUGAGCACCGCGUACUCCAGCUGCCCUGCCCGGAUACCUGAGCUGCCACCUGUGUAUCUGUGUAUCUCUGUAUCUCUGAGGGCCUGCAGGCCCACCUUGGCUGGAAACUCAAGGAAGAUUCUCACCAUCUGCCUGCUGGACAGCUGGAGGAGCUGGCUUUUUGCCUGGCCCAGCCUUCCCGUCUGUGUCGGGGACAUCGUUGAAUGUGCUGGAUUGAACCCUUCCUUUCCCUGAGCCCUCCGGGUCCACUCCAGCGAGCGAGCGCUUGGGCGGCAGCCCCUGUGGGCCUGAGAGCGCUGCGUUUACUUGUGCCUUCCUCCCGCCCGUCCAGUGUCUCUGUCACGUGGGCCUGUUGCUGUCCUGCAAGCCUUCGUGGCGGCACUCUGCCACACAGGGGGCCGGGCCUGGGUCUGGCCUGUUUCCUUUGGGGGCUGGCACCGCUGCCCUUAGCAGGAACAGAUCCGAGAGUGGCUCGAAUUGGGGCAAGAGUGUGGCUCCCUUGGCCUACCCUUGGUUGACACUGGUGGCGCAUCGCUUGGCUGAGCAGGGAGGCUGUGUAAAGUCAUGCCAGACCUGUCCCAGCGCCCAGCUCUGUAGCUCAGAGGUGCCAGUGCCUGGCCCUGUCGAGUUUCCAAGAAGCAUCCAGAAGAUCCCAAGGGAGGGGAGGAUGGUGGCUGAUAAUGAUCGUCUUCCGCAUAUGCAAGUUCUCACUUCCUAUUUCAGCAUCUGGCCUUCCUGGCCUCGGUCUUUCCUCUUUCCCUGGAGCAUAGCGGGGAGUUGCAUGCGGCCUCCUGGGUUUGAUCCUGCGCAGCUCCAGCUUCCUUGCUGGCGGAGGCCUGAGGCGAAUCAUCCACGGGACGGGAGUGUUGCUGAGAUGCCAUGGGAUGCCCAUCUAUCUGGUCACUGGCAGUUGGGGCCAGUUGCCCUGUUCUGGGUUCAUGGUGAGGGAAGGGGGCCUGAGAGGCGCGACCGGCCAACCGUGUCCCCAGGUAGCUGCAGGCAGCUCUGCCCGGGUCCUGAGGGUCCUCCUCACCACAGUCACGUGCCUUAGUAACUGUGCCCAGGAAGUAUCCUGCUGCUUGCCUCGCUGCUGCUGCUUUUCGUCGUUCCGCCCUCCCCUGCGGCCCCUCCACUCGUCACAGCUGGCAGACGACUCCCUGGUCUUCCCGGCACCGGGAGGGCCCAGGACACAGUCGGCACACACCCCACGCCC